GAUUUCCAAGUUUCAUAGAGGGCACAAAAGUAUUCUCAUCAGUAGAGUAUUCAAUUUGGGGCAAAAGCAAAUAAAAAAUGGAAGCGAACAACAGAGAUCAAAUUGUGGAUGUUGGAUCCGUGGUUGAAGCUGUUUCUGCUGAAGCCGGUGAUGCACCUCUUUACGCCAUCGAAAGCCUCUGCAUGCGCUGUCAUCAAAAUGGAACUACAAGAUUUUUGUUUACUUCAAUUCCUAAUUUCAGGAAGAUUUUAUUGUCGGCUUUUGAAUGUCCUCAUUGUGGUGAGAGGAACAAUGAAGUGCAGUUUGCGGGUGAAAUUCAACCACGUGGUUGUUGUUACUCGUUAGAGAUCCCAGCGGGUGAACAAAAGAUGUUCAAUCGACAAGUGGUAAAAUCAGAAUCUGCUACCAUUAAGAUACCCGAACUUGAAUUUGAGAUUCCACCAGAGGCACAGCGUGGUAGUCUGUCAACGGUUGAAGGGAUACUAAUGCGAGCUGCUGAUGAACUUCAGGCCCUUCAAGAGGAACGCAGAAAAGUUGCUCCAGAGACAGCUGAUGCAAUAGAUCAGUUCCUGGUGAAGUUGCGAGCCUGUGCCACAGCAGAAUCUUCCUUCACGUUUAUUAUUGAUGAUCCUGCGGGAAACAGUUACAUCGAAAAUCCGUUUGCACCAUCAUCUGAUCCUUCACUCACUAUCAAGUUUUAUGAGCGAACACCUGAGCAACAAGCAUUGUUGGGAUAUUCUGCACAAAAUGAAGGAACUCGUGAUGAAGUGCUGGAAAGUGGAGAAGCAGCGGCUUCUGGGAGAACGAGGAGGCAACCUCAUGGGUCAGUUGGGGCAGCAGCUGGUCAACGAGCUAUUGCACAAAGUAAUAGUGCAGAAAUCGCAGAUGCCUUAUUUCGAUACAGUGCACCAGAAGAGGUGAUGACUUUCCCGUCAACCUGUGGAACUUGUACCGCUAAGUGUGAAACUCGAAUGUUUGUCACUAAUAUUCCAUAUUUUCAAGAAGUAAUCGUUAUGGCAUCUACAUGUGAUGCUUGUGGUUACCGAAACUCUGAGUUGAAACCAGGUGGACGAAUUCCUGAAAAAGGAAAAAAAAUUACUCUUUAUGUGAAAAAUAUUAAGGACCUGAGCCGAGAUGUGAUUAAGUCUGAUACUGCAAGUGUACAAGUCCCUGAACUUGACUUGGAGCUGGCAAGCGGCACCAUGGGAGGACUUGUUACAACUGUUGAAGGUUUAAUUACACAAAUCAGUGAGAGCCUUAAAAAUGUCCAUGGGUUUAGUCUUGGAGAUAGUCUUGAUGAACAUAAAAGAAGCAAGUGGCUAGACUUUCAAGCAAGGCUAAACAAGCUUCUUAGCUUGGAAGAAGCUUGGACUCUAAUUCUUGAUGAUGCACUGGCUAAUUCUUUUGUAGCACCAGCAACAGAUGAUCUAAAAGACGACAAUCAAUUAACAUUUGAAGAGUAUGAGAGGUCAUGGGAACAAAAUGAAGAACUGGGUCUGAAUGAUAUUGACACCUCUUCUGCGGAUGCCGCAUACGAAUCAACAAACACUAGUAAGAUUGAGUGAACAUCUUCUGAACUCAUAUUUCUUUCCUCUCUUGUCAAUGCCAAUCCAAUACAAGGAAGGAAAAACAUAUCUGAAGGAAGAAUUGUUGUGCCUUUAGUAGCUAGGAAACAUAGAGAGAAAGGAAAUGCUUGCUGUCUUGUUUAAUGACUUGUUUUAGUUAUGAUUGUUACGAUACCGUUACCAUUGAUUUUUGUUUUUCUUCUUUUUUAUGGUAGCAUAUUGUAUGAUAAUAUAUUGAGGAAAAAUUUUGGUCACCCUUUCUGAUUUA